AGAGGAAAGUUCAUUAUACGUCUCCCUGCCCCGUCUCCUCCUCUCAGUAAAUUAUAACCAGCCCCUGUCAGCUUAAUGGCUCAACAGACAGAAGAACUUGCCACACUCACCUUAUCUCAGCAGCACAAUUACUGCAGAACCACAACUGAGAGCGCCAUGCGGAGUCGCCAUCUUAUAAUAGGAUUUCUGUCCAUUGUACUGGUUACACUUGCUUUGUUCUUGGGAUUGUUUUUUGGACUGCGUUCGAACCCUAAGGAGAUUAUCGCGAGCGCACAGAUCUAUGGAAAAGCAGCUGUAGCUACAGAUGCUGGAAAAUGUUCUGAGAUUGGAAGAGAUGUUCUUAAAGAAGGUGGAACAGCAGUUGAUGCUGCUAUUGCUUCAUUGGUGUGUGUUGGACUCCUGAAUGCUCACAGCAUGGGAAUUGGAGGAGGGGUGAUUCUUACUAUAUAUAACCCUAAAACAGGAAAUGCUGAAAUAAUAAAUGCUCGAGAGACAGCACCAUCGAAUGCCAGUGAGGGGAUGUUUGGGAAUAGUACUGCGUUAUCACAAAAAGGUGGAUUGUCCAUAGCAGUACCAGGAGAGAUUCGAGGAUACAAGGUCGCACACGAGCGACAUGGCAAGUUGCAAUGGAAACGUUUGUUUGAGCCGAGCAUUAAAUUGGCAAGAGAAGGAUUUCCAGUUGGCCUGGGCCUGUCUCAGGGCCUGUCUUCUGCCAAGGAUCAUAUUGAAUCGGACAAAUCACUAUGUGAAGUGUUGUGUGACGCACAAGGGAAAGUAUUGGAGAAAGGAGAUAUUGUAAGGAUGCCUAAACUGGCAGAAACGCUACAGAUCCUGGCAGAUGAUCCUGAGUCGUUCUACAGUGGUCGGUUAGCUCAACAAAUUGUCAAAGACAUUCAACAAGCAGGUGGAAUAGUUACAGAAAGAGAUCUGAAAGAUUAUACAGUUGAAAUUAGCGAGAAUCCACUUCGGUAUCAACUCGGUGACUACACCCUAAUCAGUCCUAAGGCUCCCUUGAGUGGUCCUGUCCUUGGCCUUAUUCUUAACAUUCUGAAGGGUUUUAAUUUUACAAGCGAAAGUGUAAAACCUGCAUCUUUGGGACUGACCUACCACCGCAUUGUAGAAGCUUUCCGCUUUGCUUAUGCUAAGAGGACUUUGCUAGGGGAUCCUAACUUUGUCAACCUAACAGAGGUGAUGAAGAAUUUGACUUCAGAUUUCUUUGCAGAGAGCUUGAGACAGAAAAUCACAGAUGAUACCACUCACCAAUCUGAUUACUAUGAGCCCUUAUUUUAUGUUCCAGACAGCUAUGGCACAGCACACUUGUCAGUUGUAGCAGAAGAUGGAAGUGCAGUAUCGGCCACGAGUACCAUUAACCAAUACUUUGGCUCUAAGGUGCGCUCCAAUGUCACAGGGAUCAUCUACAAUGAUGAGAUGGAUGAUUUUGGAUCACCUUUGAUAGUCAAUGGAUUUGGAAUCCCUCCAUCACCGGCUAAUUUUAUCAGACCAGGGAAGAGGCCCCUCUCCUCUAUGUGCCCCUCCAUCAUUUUGGAUAAGAAUAAUAAAGUGCAUAUGGUUAUUGGAGCCUCCGGAGGAACUAGAAUCACAACAGCAACAGCACUGGUCAUUAUGAACUCGCUUUGGUUUGGUCAUGAUAUUGAGAAAUCAGUGGAGUUGGCGAGAAUGCACAAUCAGUUAUUCCCAAAUGACACCAACCUAGAAGAGACCAUGGAGCAGAGUGUUGAAAAAGAACUAGUGAAACGUCAUCAUAAUGUGGUAUAUACUAAAAGGGUCGGGUCUGUGGUCCAGGCUGUUGUACGGACAGGAAACAAGUGGGCAGCAGCUUCAGACACAAGGAAGGGAGGAUAUCCAGCAGGCUACUGACCUUUAGCAAUGAACUGAUAACUGUGAAGCUCUCACUGAGUGCAUUGUCCGGCACUUUGUAAGUGGCUUACAACUAACUUCCAUAUAUUCUCCACUCCUACUAUGACACCUUCACUCAGGGACUAUAUCAUGUUGACUACUAUACAAAUGCAAAGGACUUAUGCGAUUGGAUGUUCAAGCACUCUUCAAAGUGAAUAUUCAAUCCAUCACAUAAAGGGAAUUCGUUCAGUGCUGCUACAUGAUGGGACCAUAUGGAUUACUGAAAUGCUGUGACCAUGGAAUGAGUAACUGGGAAGUAACCAAGAUUUCAGAUAUACUGUUGAAAAAAAAGCAGAGCUGGACUGUACUCACUUGUGCCUUCCAUAGACCCUUAGAUUGUGACAUUGGUUAUAAGAAUUCAAUGAUCUUUAACUGAAUUGGCUGCAAUGUUAUCCUCUGUAGUUAUAAGGGUGAUUUUUGUAAAUUACACGUGACAUUUAAAGGGAAUCUGUCCGUUUACAAAAUCCUUGCCAUUUCCACUGCACUAAAGCCCCGUACACACUAUCGGACCUUUGUCCGACCAAAAUCACAUGUUCUCUAUCUAUAC